CCUCCAGCAGAGCUGGACCAGUUCAACACAUCACACCUAAAGCCGCUAGAACUGGAUUCAGCAGGAUCUGCUUCUAUAGGGACCAGCUGAAGGCAGCAGGAACAGCUUGGCCUCCUGAAGAAGAACGGAAGCUGAACGUCUGAAGAAGCUGGUGGUCCAACAUCCUGAGGACUUAGCUGAAGCUCCUGAUUCAAACGACAGGCGGAGAUUCUGUGCUUGUUGUCUGUUUUUUUAAUUAUUAAUCGGUUCCAUAAAGGUUGGUCAUGCAGUCUUUGACUCAGGAGAUCCAGAACUUUUCGCGCUCACGUCUACGGAAGCAAUGCACCCGUGUGACGUCCCUCAGCGGCCGGCGAAUUAUUGAGACCUGGAAAGGUUCAACAAUCGCUGUGGUGGAAGAUCCUGUCCCACCUGAGAGGAUGCUGGGCUACGUCCCUGAUACUUCCUGGGACCUGCAGGUCGGCCUCAUCAAGCCCUACCUGCUUCUGGGUUCUCAGGACGCUGCUCAUGACUUUGGGACCCUCAGCAAACAUAAGGUUUCUCACAUCCUCAAUGUGGCCUUCGGAGUAGAGAACGUGUUUCCAGACCUGUUCAUCUACAAGACCAUCAGUAUUCUGGAUCAACCCGACACCGAGCUGCUGCAGUACCUGCAGGACUGCUGCGACUUCAUCCAGCAGGCUCACAGAGAGAAAGGUGUGGUCUUGGUCCACUGCAAUGCUGGCGUGUCCCGUGCGCCGGCGGUGGUCAUCGGCUACCUGAUGUCAUGUGAUGGACAGUCCUUUGAAGACGCUCUGUCGUUGGUGAAAUCUGCACGGCCAGCCUCCUCCCCCAACCCCGGCUUCCUGGAGCAACUGAGGAACUACAAGUUGCCUGCAGUGAAUGGGGGGGUGAUGGAUCUGUAAAGCUGUUAUAAAAUCAAAUAUGAUUA